GUUUUGUUAUUUUUCCUUGCACGUGUUGAAAGUGUAAACACAGAACUAAUGCACCCAUCGCACUCUCAUAACUUCUUAGAUUAGAUCUACCUCUAGAAUACUCUAGAUCUAUAACAAUUAUUAAUUUAAAACUAAUAAAUAGUAGAUCAAUGAGCUUAUAGUUUUAUUAUAAUAUAGAAUCUACUAAGAAUACUUGCAUAGGAUAACAUCAUAACUGCCGCUGUUGAGUCAUGGGUAAGAAGAAAGGCCGUCAGGGACAGAAGAAGCUGCAGGGUCAGAAGGCCAAAGUGGCCAAACAGGCCAAGAAAAAUAAAGUGGUCAAAGCCAAGUCUAAGGCUAGAAAAUCUCAGUCUAAAGCUGUCAAAACUAAUUUGAAAAAGAUGACUUUCGACAACAGUAAAAAGAUUGAAGUUCUGAAUGCAGACAUCACCAAAGUUUUGCUGGCUCCAGCCAAACUUCAGCUGUCUGCUUCAAGUCAGCCACAGCCAGUUAACAAAGCAGACAGAGAUGAGGACAUGCCUGAUGUUGGAUCAGUGGCACACAAGUUAGACCAAGCAGCUUUGUAGCCAAAUCUCAUCCCAUCUAGCUCUUUUGUUCACACAUGUAACAUAUGACAUUAUUGUCCUGAUGAUUAACCUGAUAUGUAGUUGACUCCCUGUGAAUGUGGCUGAAGUUUUAUUUUCUGUAUGGAUGAUGAUAUUGACAUUAAAAGAUGUUUACAUUUA